AUGGUUCUGUCCACAAGUCUGCUGGAUGCAGCCACAGUGGUAGGCGGAUCGACACCCGCCUUCUUCGCCAUCAUCUGCGAAGCUCUCAUUGAUGCUUCUGUUGCAGUGAGAGUUCCGCGCGACGUGGCUCAUGCUAGUAUCGCACAGGCUAUGCUGCGCACAGCCGAUAUGCUACAAACGGGCAUUCAACCUGCUGCUAUCAAAGACAAAGGAACCUCUCCCGAGGGCUGUACAAUGAGCGGCUUGGUCUUGGAAGAAAUCGCCGUGAGAGGGCAUGUUGGCCGGGCGCUUCGUGAGGCUGUCACGGUUGCUCGCCUGAUGGGCACUCAUGCACAGGCAGCUCAAGAUUCCGAGAUGCAGGUCAUGCCUGCAGAACCCAAGACGUUUUUCGCCAAUUUCCCCCUGGCUUCCAAGGAGCAAGUGAAUAAUGCCAUCAACUCAGCGCUUUUCGCCAAAAAAGAAUGGCAAGAGAUUCCCAUUGUGGACAGGACCGCGAUCGAGAAUAUCAUUAACAAGAGCAAUAAGGAUCCCGCUUUGGAGCUGAUCACGGGCGGUAAAUGCGAUGAUUCCCAGGGGUACUAUAUCACACCAACCGUGUACGAAGCCCAGUCGCUCGACCACGAGCUGUUCAACAAGGAGAUUUUCGCUGCCUUGCUUGCCAUCCGUGUGUAUCCCGACGCCGAAUGGGGCGAAAACUUGCAAAGCGUUAACCAAAACGGCGGCGGAUUUACUUAA